UAGCCUACAUUCGGCUGUGUGUGUAUGUGUGUGAGAGUGAGUGCUGUGUGCGUGUCUAAAUGUGAGCAAGUUCAGUAAAAGUAACCUACAUAGUUUGCGCGCUGUUCCUACAAUUAUUUUUUUGCAAAGCAGAGGAGGAGAAAGUCGAAACUACUAUAAUGUAUUAAUUUGGGACAUGGGAAACCAGCUACCAGGACUGGCUACGUCGCUACCAAGCUAAAUGAACGCACAAGAAGUCGGUUUUAGUUCAAAUUCGUUCUAAUCCAGCCUGUCACAAAUAACGGAUUUGGUCGCUAUCAUGUCAAGAUUUUGACCUGCACAGUAAAUCUUCAACCUGAUAUCGGGGCUGAUUCUUCUCUUCAACAGAAGUUGAGAGUGCCACCUUUGUGUGUGGUGUGUGCGUUCAUGUGUAAAUGUGUGCGACUGAUGUGCGAACUGCUGUACAUUCGCAAUGAAUGCACUGUAGUUGUCGCAUGGCUUCACGCCAGUGUACAUUUAGCAACAAGUUUAGUUUGGUGAAACCAUAUUCGUAAAAUUUCAGGAUGUUGAAGACUCUAACCAAGAAGCUAAGAAGACACUCACUCAACGAGAUACAUCCCUUUCAGUUCAAGAUUUCCUACCAUUGCAGUGGGGAGGGAGCGGAGAGCGACGAUUCCGAGGGGGAGAACCAGGAGCUUGCACAGAUUGACAGAGAGAGGUGGCGGAACUGCGGCCUCACCCCUCUGGCCACCAGCCAACAGCACAACCAGGGUCCCCUCUCCCCGGCAUGCCUCUGUCGCCUACGCCUCCUUUUAGACCCAACUCUGGACCACCACUCGUCCGAAGAAGAGCUGGAGCGAAUCAGCCGCAGCGUUGGAGAUGGCAAGAAGUGGAUGCUGCACCAUCACCACGUCGAGCACCACAGCAGUGCCUCCAGCGACGAGGAGGUACGGGACCUGUUCGGCUGUGGUCCGGUGGUGGCGGCCUUGGAGCCUGGGACUUGCCUGGAGGCCUCCCCCAGCCCAGUGCUCUGUAGCUCCAGCCCGCCUCGCAGCCUCAAGCCCCCACCCCCCAUUCGGCUCCAGUUCCAGGUGGUGCAGCCUGCUGCCAGGCCCAUUAUCUUGACCCACUUUGACCAGUCAGCGGUUCCCUAUACGAAGCACAGGCACAGCUACGGGGGAGAAGUUGGGAGGCCGAGUCUGGACCUGGAGAAAAUGCAACAGAAAAUGCUCCUUAAAAAGAACUGUGGUGGGAAAACACGGACCAUAAAGAUUCGGAACUUGACUGGCACUCGCCCUCUACCCAGGUAUGCCUACGAUCCCUCCAUUUUUGCCUUCCGGUCCCUCAGCACGGUCCCUCCUUGCAGUCCACUGACUCCGUCCGAAGACCGCCCAUGUAUGUGAGGGGAUAACACCAACAGACCCCCCCCCCACACACUUAUUGACUCUAUAGGAGACCCCCAGACUAUAACUUGUCUCAGCUUUGAAGAUGAGACUGUGCUAAAUAAUGAGUAAUAAUGACCGAUAGGACAAUUUGACAAAGCCAAUGUUUGAAAGGUUAAUAUUGUACUCUCAGGUAAUCCCACUCUGUCAAGUCAUGCUCUUGCUCGGACAACUGCUCAACGGACAGAAGCAUCUAAGACACACCAAGAAUGGUGUGAUCUUAACCCUGAUAUUGAAUGAUGUGAGACAUGCAGAUUGUAUGUACUGGGGAAUGACAAGGCUGCAAUAGAAGUCUCUUUGAAAAUACACCGCUUCACUUAAGCUCUUAGUUCUAAGGACACUUCAGAUAUUUCAUACAUUAACAGCUGUCUUUUGGAUGUCUGUUCAGAAAAUGGACUUCACUAUCAAAUAUAUUUUCAAAGGACAACACAAGCAUUGAAAAGCGUUCAAAGACUACUCCGAUGCAUUUGAUAUUUACAUUUACAUUUACAUUUAAGUCAUUUAGCAGACGCUCUUAUCCAGAGCGACUUACAAAUUGG